CCUGCACAUGACUCAGAUAGUGCUGGGCAUCUUGACCUUCAUUCUGGCCGCUGUUCAGGGCGAGACUCAACACACCUACUGGAACUAUGCCAUGUUCACCUGGGCCUUCUGCUCCAUCAUGACCCUCAUCAUCACCGUCAUUGAGAUGUUCAAACUCCACCUCCUCCUCAAGUUUUGUCUGGACUGGGACGACUUCACCACGGGAAUGGCGAUGUCCUCCGCUCUCAUGACCGCGUCCGUCUUCGUCAUGUACGCCAACUUCUACAUCUGCAAAAAAUGUUUGUACUCGAUUGUGAUCGCCUUCCUCGCCCUACUUUGUGGCGUGGCCUACAUCUUAGAGGUCGUGAACGAUAAGUUCAUGGAUAAGAAGAAGGGGAGCUACCUGGCCGCCCUGCCUGGCUUCUGGAAGGUUCUGGAGGCUUUCGUGAGCUGCAUCAUUUUUAUCUCCCUCACGGGUUAUGACGGGAAACCGGCACUGAUCAUGUGCAUUGUGGCCUAUGUCAUUCCCUUCCCCAUCAUCCCUAUUAUCAUCAUCACCAACAUCUUCACAAAAAUUAAGAACUGUUUGCCAUUUAAUAUAGACAGGUUUGUGUUUAUAUUUCUGGUCAUCUCUGUGGUUCUCUAUACCUUUGCUGCCAUCAUCUGGCCCAUCUAUACAUUCAGAGGCAACCCUCGUCCCAGUGACUGUCCUGGAAGCUUCUGUAUCUGGUCCAUUCAGUUCAUGGUGGCAUUCAUGACAUACGUCAAUCUGAUCCUCUUUAUAAUGGACUUGGUGUUUACCCUGCUUGGGAUGUGUGGCUUCAAACGCUCAUAGCGGUAACUGAUCUCUGUAUCUGUUUUACUAUACUAUAUAAUCCAUAGCUUUUCAUUCAUUAUUUGUUGUUGCAUUGAAUAGUAAUUUAACAAAAGCUGCUUGUUUCACUCAUCUUUUUAUUAUUAUUAUUUUUUUAU